AUGGCUGAUUCUAUUCAAGGGGAUGGUUUGGUUAGGGUUCAGAGAGCUUUAUUGGGAUUACAGGGAGAUCCACUGCGACUUGAUCGCGAAAGACAGCGAUUUAGUCAUUCUCCACCAACAUAUACUUCGAAUCCAUCCGGUGCGCCGACCCGAUCCCCCAGUCUAGUUUCUCCUGGUGAGCACAAUCACCGGACGCGACGAACCCGAUCUCCCAGUCCAGUUUCUCCCAGUGAGGAAGAUUGCCAGGAGCGACGAUUUAAGCUCGGAAUGGAGCAUAGCGCCUCAGAACCAGACCGUCAAUUCAUACAUCAGGUCAGGGACGAGAAAUGGCGGAUCAUACAUGGAAAUCUGAAUCGAACAUACCCCCUACGCGGUGGUAUCGACGACCCCGAUAAAAUCGCUCGUAAAAACGUCACGAAGCGCUGGGUCGAGCAAGGCAUCUGGAACAGUAAAUGGAACCAGUCCGCUAGUGGACGGUGGAAGCACGAAGAACCGCUCGAGUCUGAGUCUGAGUCUGAGUCUGAGUUGGAAUUGGUGACGGAACCGGAAGCAGGACCUCCAUCUCCUAUUUUUUCCUUCUUCCCAAAGAAGCCGCAGCCGAUUGCAAGGCAGUCGAAGACCGUUGACGAAAUGCGACAGGUUGCAGAGCGUCGAUUUAUACAGAAGCGUGAACGUGAGCUUUCACGUCCAUAUCAUCAGUUUGUCUAUCAGAUAUCAACAGAGCGUGAACGAAUCAAAGAAGAAUCCACAAAUAGAGAAGGCAUUGUUACUGCAGAUAUUAAUACGAGAGCGUAUGAGAAUGUCAAGAACACGUGGAUCAAGCGAAGUAUCUGGAAUAAAAGAUGGGGUGUACUGCCUGGAAUGUCGUGGAAACAUGAACAUCCUUUCGAGGAGCUGGUUCAUGAGGAGCUGGGUGACGAUCCUGUUGUAGCGAAACCAGUUGUAGACGGCGACCUUCAAGCAGCUACCAGGCCAAUUUUUGGGCCUUCUUUUCCCGUUCUAGCGAAACCAGUUGUUAACGGCGACCCUGAAGCAGCUGCCAGGCCAAUCUUAGGGCCUCCUUUUUCGAUUCAAUCAAAUAAUCAGCAGGUGUCCUUAAAUAUAUCUCAACAAGGACCGCUUGCAGACAUUCCGUCAGCUAGAUCAGAGAAUGGUGACGCCGAACGCUCUCCCUCAGCGCGGGAUUCACCUUCUCUCCAUUUGGGUCAAAGUAUUCUUGGUACUAAGAUGGGGCAAGCAUUGCUAACAAAAGUCUCCCGUGAAGAUGGGCAGCUGACAAAUGCAUUUUUGGGCUCAGUCCAUCCAUCAAAGAUCGCAAAAGCCGCUGGAAUUAAAAAGGGGCCCCAACAGCAACUGAAACCCUCACAAAAGCUAGCUUCUGAUAGCUUACAACUGUUUUCUAGUGUGAAUAUAGCAGAAUCGCAACCCUCGCAGCUUCCUCUCGACUAUGUAGCUCCACGCAGAAGUCAAAGAAUACAGCUACCCGUCCCUAUUGUAUCUAAGGACCCAAUAAGAGCAGCAUCUACAAAUCCCUCCAAACGCGUAGUCCGACCAAAAACCGAACGUAAUGCUUCAAACAAUUUGACAGCCAGAAGCUCUGCUAAGCCUCAGGGAAUAUCGAAGAAACAACCCGCGAAGAUUACACGGAAGGGGGGUAAAGGAAAAAUGAAGAAUUAG